GGCGGCCGACGAUCUUACUCUUUGGGGCAUAUGGUGUCAGAAAUUUUACAGCGCCUGAGGGCAUCUUCCUGAUGUCAUCUAUUGGCGAGUGUUGGCGGUGAUCUCUUCGUAUUCAUUCAGCAGCGUGUCAGGAACCGGAAAUCCAUAGCAUUUGCCCAAAAUGGGCUGUCUUGUUUCUCCUGGACAACCGUCCUUGUAUGGCUUGCCACUAAGAGACUUCUCCGACCUCUCCACCCAGUCUGCCGACAAUGUCUGUGAGAAAAUCGCCUCGGCGUGUUGGUAUAAAACUAUGAUAACAAAAAUGCAAUCUAUCUCCAUGAACAUCUCGAGACUCAUCCUUCUUGUUCUCUUCAUCUCUUGGGCUUUACCGUUCACCUCUGCUUUGCCGCUCUCUGUCUCACGCCAGAUUCGUGCCAUGGAAGCCUAUGGCUCGCCCCAGCAGACGUCAAGAGAUCCUGUUCCACUUCCCCAACUAGAGUUUGAACUUGAGGCCUGUGGCAUUGAAUGUGCGCAUGUUGUGGAUAAACGAGACCCUGAGCGAAGCAGGCCCCUGGUAUCCGGCUCAAUCAGUAAUGGUGUGCCACUAGCGGCUGCCUGACCAUGACCGCGGAAACACUUUUGCAUUCCAACAUAUUUCUGAUGACCCAUGCCUCCAUCCCUCGUGGCUUCUUGCUGCUCAAAUUACUCUCUCUGUUCUCCUGCUUUCGUGCCCCUGCAUUCUCGGUUCGAUUGCCCGCACACUUCUUUGCCAAGUCCUAUCAUACUACUUAAUGGCAUUCGCUCUUCCUUGAUCCUUACAACAUAAUCUGGCAUCUCAACAUAUUGAGAUCGUCCCAUCAUUUGUACCCCUAGUACCAUUAUCUACCAUUUUACAUCUGCGCCGCAUCAAGUUAAUGGAAAAAGUGUUUGUUGGAGCAACCUAGGAACAAGGUCGCGUGUUCAAAGGCGUUACUAAAUUAGGUA